AGCUCAGUGAGCUGAUCAGAGAGAACGCAUUCUGCCAGCCCAGCGCCUACAAAUCGCAUUUACUUCCUAACCUCCCCCUUUUUAACAUAUUUGAUCACUUUGAUUCUCUGUCCUCUCUCUUAUUAUUUUUACGCGCAUGAAGGAGGUUUGGUAGGUUGUGGUCUUUUUGUUUUAUUAUCAGUCCUGCCUGCCGGAGAGUUGACUUCAUAUUUGACUCGAGCACAGGCUGCAACUGCGCGCGGCUGCUAGCGCUACCUCUUCUGAAGAAAAGGAAGAAGCGACAAUUUUUUUCUUUUUUUUUUCGAUUUUUUUUUUUGCCAGUUGUUGGUUUUCUUCAAGACUUUACGCUGGAACUUCUCGCGUGUCGCAAGUAUCUUUGAAAGCUGCGUAUUUCUGAUCAUCGCUACACACGUGAAGUUGUCUGUCCUGCUCUGUUCAUAUCUUCAUCCGCCGUGUUUAUUUCCUAUUUUUGUCUUGAUGGUUUUACUGGAUGGAUGACUGCAAGUGCCCCUGGACUUGGCCUCUUAGAGCAAGGGUGCUAUACGGCUUGUCUUUGCUUCGGUUUUAACCACAUGCCAGGUAACGUUAACGCUGUUUCAGUCAAGAAAUAGACUACUGUGUGUCGUCGGUGCGCAAGUUUGAACGGACAUCCAGACUCUAACCGACCGUGCAGAUCCUGAAUUAUUUAUUUCACCUUCCUAAGUGAUAAAGGCACCGUGUUUUUUGAAACAACGCAUUCCGAAACCAAAAACGGGGAACAAAAAGUUUUUUUAACGUUGACUGAUAGAUAUGGCAAUGGUAGCGUGGAGAGGCUCCCAGGACGAUGUGGCCGAUACCCAGGGCACCCUCUCAUCGCAAGCCCAAGGAGGACUAACCCUUCCAACCCCUCAACCAGGCCAACUGGGUCUGACGGCCUCUCAGAUUGCCCCUCCGACCCCUCAGACACCCGUUCAAGGACCCCCGAACAACAACACACAGUCCACCCCGACGAACCAGACGACGGAAAAGCAGCAACCACAGCACAUAGAGUGCGUGGUUUGUGGGGACAAAUCCAGCGGCAAACACUAUGGCCAGUUCACUUGCGAGGGGUGUAAAAGCUUUUUCAAACGGAGCGUACGAAGGAACCUCACGUAUACAUGCCGUGCCAACAGGAAUUGUCCCAUUGACCAGCACCAUCGCAAUCAGUGUCAGUACUGCCGCCUCAAAAAAUGCCUCAAAGUUGGCAUGAGACGGGAAGUUUCUCUUUUUACUGCAGCCGUGCAAAGAGGACGGAUGCCACCCACACAGCCACACCAUGGUCAGUUCGCCUUGACAAAUGGGGACCCACUGCACUGCCAUUCCUACUUAUCCGGAUAUAUCUCUCUACUACUACGAGCGGAGCCAUACCCAACUUCUCGGUAUGGCAGUCAAUGCAUGCAACCCAACAACAUCAUGGGCAUCGAGAACAUUUGUGAACUGGCAGCCAGGAUGCUGUUUAGUGCGGUAGAGUGGGCCAGGAAUAUUCCCUUCUUCCCAGACCUUCAAAUUACCGACCAGGUUGCCCUUUUGAGGUUGACCUGGAGUGAGUUGUUUGUGCUCAACGCUGCUCAAUGCUCCAUGCCGCUCCAUGUGGCUCCACUUCUGGCGGCGGCUGGGCUCCAUGCCUCCCCUAUGUCUGCGGAUAGAGUGGUCGCCUUUAUGGACCACAUUAGGAUCUUCCAAGAACAAGUAGAGAAGCUCAAAGCUUUGCACGUUGACUCUGCUGAAUACAGCUGUUUGAAGGCCGUCGUUUUAUUCACUUCAGAUGCUUGUGGCCUGUCGGAUUUGGCCCAUGUGGAAAGUUUGCAAGAGAAGUCCCAGUGCGCUCUGGAGGAGUACGUUCGGAGUCAGUAUCCCAACCAGCCAACUCGAUUUGGGAAGUUAUUACUGCGCUUGCCCUCUCUCCGUACAGUCUCGUCCUCGGUCAUAGAGCAAUUAUUUUUCGUCCGAUUGGUAGGUAAAACCCCAAUUGAAACCCUCAUCAGGGAUAUGUUGCUGUCGGGGAGCAGUUUUAACUGGCCUUACAUGUCGAUUCAGUAGGCAGAAGGAAUGAUCAAAGGGGCUGCGACUACAAUAGUUAGCUUUCUUUUUGUAGAAGGAAACGGCUGUUACACGAGUUUACUUUCACGAAGAAAGACUUUCAAACAAUGACUGUGAAUUUUAAAAUUGAGACAUUCAGUGAAGCCUCGAAAUCCAGAGAUUGCUCCCAGUGUCAUUCUGAACCGUUUGUUCUAAUGUUUUUUGUUUGUUUGUUGUUUUUUGUAAUAAAUGCAAAAAUGAAGAAAUAAAUAACUCACUAAAAUUAAUACAAAAGGAAAAAAAGGCAAGACAAAAAAAUAUUCAAGGAUUUUCAUAAUCUUUUCGGGGACAAUAAACCUAUAAAGUGCAUUUAAGCGACAAUUUGGAAAGAUUAAGAAGAGAAGUUCCAAAUUGAUUUAAUGUCCUGUGUCCAUGUAUCUAUAGCGGUUUUUUAUUUUAUUUUAUUUUAUUUAUUUUUUGUUCCUCCUUUCUGGUUCUUAACCGGUCUGUAAUUCUGUCGUAGGUCUCCCUCUCUCUCUCUCUCUCUCUCUCUCUCUCUCUCUCUCUCUCUCUCUCUCUCUCUCUCUCUCUCUCUCGCUCUCGCUCUCUCGCUCUCUCUUUCUCUCCCCUAAUAACCAUGGCUUCUUCUAAAACAGUUCAGUAAUGUAAAGACGUUCUUGAGAAUUCGAGAAUUAAAACUAAAUCCACAGCAAUAUAGCCUAUUCUUAAUGCUGCAAGCGCACUUGAUGUCCCUUAAUGAACAAUAGGGAUUAUUGUUAUUCUUUUUUCGACUCAAACUCCUAUACACAAAAUGCCAGAGCGCUAGUAAUGUUCCAAUAUCUUACACCACUCUUCUAACUGAUAGAGACACCCCUAAAUCAUUAUUCCCCAAAAUGGAUACAGGAGCAAUAUUUUCUGCAAAAAUUAUCAGUUAUAUACCACAAAAGUAUUUGCAAAAUCUCAUCAUAUUUGGUUGAGAGUUAUGACCUGUCUCCAUAUAUAUGUGUGUGUGUGUGUGUGUGUAUGUAUGUAUGUUUGGGAACGGUCGUCAGGUUGUAGUGCAAAUGGUAGAACAACGUGUCUGAUUUUACAGUUUAGGAGACCCCCAUUUAAUAUAAGAUGUAUUACAGGAUGUAUUAAGUUGCGCCCAUGCGAAUUCUCGCUCAAGUGUUUUGCCACAGUAAACUGUAUUUUGAACGUGGGGAAAAUGAUGGGUCGUCAUUCUUUUAAUAAUAAAGCAGCAGUAUUAAUAAGAAGUUACUAUAAAUGUCGCUCAAUUCUUAAAACAUCAAAGUGCCUGUACAGCGCAAAUGCGUUAUUAACGGUUACUGAAGUCUAUACACCAUGGGGAGCACGCUUAGAAUUUACAAAGUAAGUCUUAUAAUUGUUCAGUUCACUUGAGGAUACAAAAAAAUUAUAAUUAUAUA